AUGACGGAGGUUUCGUCGACCCGACUGUAUCUCGGGAACCUUCCCCGCAAUGUUACCAAGCAGGACAUCGAGGAACAUUUCAGUACCCAUGGGUCUGGUAAGAUCACGGAAAUCAAGCUGAUGAACGGCUUCGGCUUCAUCGAGUACGAGGAUGCCAUGGACGCCCGUGAUGUUGUACCUGCUUUUCGUACGUCACGUUUCCUCGAAUACUACCUACAUCAUAUUAACACCGCAACAGAUGGCAGCGACUUCAAGGGUGAACGAUUGACUGUGCAGUUUGCUCGUGGCCCCCGGCGCAAGGAGAACUUCCCUGGUCCACCGGACCGCCCCACCGCUCCUCGUCCACGCCGUACCAUGUUCCGGAUGCAGAUCUCUGGUCUUCCAGAAACAAGUUGGCAGGAUCUAAAAGACUUCGCCCGCCAGUCUGGACUGGACGUUGUCUACUCGGAAACCGGCCGCGAACAAGGAAAAGGGUUUGUUGAGUUCGAGACAGCCAACGACCUGAAGACUGCCGUGGAAAAGCUGGAUCAACGCGAGUUCAAAGGCGCUGUUGUGUCCUGCAUUUCGGAUAUCCAGACCAACUUUGAUGACCGUCCCUUCCGAGACCCCUAUCGGUCUCGCUCCCCACGUCGGGCCUACCCUCCCAUGGAAGAAUAUGACAGAAGGUUCCCAGCACCCCGUGGAUACAGCCCUCGGGAUCACUACCGGGAGCGAUCGCCCAUUCCCAUGCGACGGGACUAUUAUGAUCGAGAGGGCUAUGGACGCCGCACUCCUCCUCCGCCACGGCCUCGGUUGGAAGACUACCCACCACCGCGCCGUCCCUACGAUGACCCUUAUGAUGCCCGGCCUCCGCCUCCGCCCCCGCGUCACUAUGAGGACCCAUAUCUUGCGGCGCGGCCCUAUGGCCGUCCCCGUACUCCUCCCCGAAGUGACUACGUUGGUUAUGAUCGCCCUCGCUACUGGUAG